GUUGGUGGAGCAUCUGUCCUGCAGGCCAGGGUUUGCCUGUUCAUGUUCUCGUACUUGCACCCUUAUGGGAACCGAAGACUUCACGGCUAUCAACUCCGUAUGCCAAGCUUCCUCAAAGAUGUUGAGUCCCCUCCAGAAGUGCGGCUCGGAAGGCUGCCUGCUAGAUUGUGACUUCCUGCCAUGGCACCGGAGCACCCUUCGGAAGCAACACCAGAGGUGCGAGGAUCCGGAGCAGAGGAACGUCUGUGGAAAGCAGGAGAAACCUUCCACCCCAAGCAUUCGUUUAGACGACACCGAAGUGGUCAAUUGUCUUCAACUCCCACUCCAAGACCCGGGAGGGUUCUGGCGGUCUCGAAGUGAGGGACGUUUGGAUCAACAAGGGGCACCAUGCCAAAGGGGAACUGAGGAAGGGGACAAAACAGGAAGUGGGUGGAGCUUGCCGUCCCCCAAAUCUUUGAGGAAGGAGCGGCAGCUGUGCGAGAAAGUGGCGGCAGCAAAGCAACACCUGAGGAAUUUCUUUGGAGGAUCAAACAAGUCACUGGCCUCCAGUGUGGAAUCGGACAUAGGCUCAGACUGCGAUGGCAGCAAUCAGAAUGCACAGCAGAAGCAAAAGCGUGCCCGAAAGAAGAACAAAAAAAACUUCCUAAGGCUGUGGAACUCAGGAAAUCAGGACCUCCUGUCGCUAAGGCCAACUCCUGAGGAAGCCCAAGAAUGGUCAGAAUCUUUGGAAAAACUGCUACUACACCCAUAUGGUCGAGCUGCCUUCCAUGCUUUUUUGAAAUCAGAAUUCAGUGAAGAGAACCUCGACUUUUGGUUGGCCUGUGAAGAUUAUCGUAAACUCCGGGGAUGUGUCAAACUCCAGGAAAGUGCAAAAAAGAUUUUUGACCAAUAUAUCACCAUACAAGCUCCAAAAGAGGUGAACCUUGAUUCCCAGACCAGAGAUGUCACCAAUCGGAACAUUUUGCUCCCCACCCGGUCUUGCUUUGACCAAGCCCAGAAGAGGAUCUUCGGGUUGAUGGAGAAGGACUCUUACCCUCGAUUCCUCCGCUCUCUUGUCUAUCAAGAUCUUGUACAGCCUGAAAAAGAGCAGCCGAAUGGCCCCUUGUAAACCUGCCGUGUUUGCCCUUCCUCUUCUUUUGAAGCCAACCUAACAAAGGAGACACCUGGAGGCAGCUUUGCUGUUCAGGAGAUGGACAAACCCAAGGACUACUUGGGAGAAAUGGACUGCUGUUUGUCCUAUUCUGUCAAGAUGGCGAACGUGCUCCGUUCCUAAACAUUAGGGUGGAUAAGAGAGAUGGUUGAGAGUUGGACUCUUGCUCGAUGGGCAUGGACAAGUGGCUAAGAGGGAUCGUUGGUGCUCUCUUGAUCUGGCUUGUUUUCUUGCAGACGUUUCAUUACCCAAACUAGGUAACAUCAUCAGUGCUAGUACAAGUAGCUUUUUGGGGUCUUCAGUCAAAUAUUAGAAUUCUAGAAGGACAGGCGGAAUUGUGCCUGUUUUGAAACGAACGAAAGCAGCUUUUAUGUCAGGGCUUAUAAAGCUGGGUGAUGCCCGAAACUGCUGCUGGGAAGGUAUUGCUCAGGUUGGAAAAUGAAAUGGUUGGUUUGCCCAGUGUAUUUAUAAGUCUGUUUCAGCUUGGUCUCCUCUGACGGGCAGAAUUUCUCCAAGGUCUUAGAGAAAUGUGUUUUCCGUUUGUGAUAGAAAUAAUUUGAGAUUGAAGUUGGGACCUUCAUGUAUUUGUCAGCCUCAAUGUGUGAAAUUGGGCAUUUUCUAGACGGCCUAGGACAGGGCCUCCAACCUGUAGGCUGCAGCCCGCUAAUGGGCUGUGAGGGGUUGGUACCCAGGCUGUGGAAACGGCCAACACACGCGCACUCCAUUUUAAGUGAGUGGCAAGUGUGCAUGCACACCGCUCACACGAAUGGAAUUGCGCACACGCACUUGUCGGCAGCUUGCACGGAAACAUCCCCUCUUCCCCUCCCUCCUGCCGGUCCGCACAGCCGAAAACAUUGGGGAACUCUGCCCUAGGAAAUGUAUAGAAAGCCAAAAAUGGGACGUUGAAGCAUGAAACACUUCAUAUUUCACAGAUUUCCGAGGCACUCGACACCAUGCCAAAAGGCAAACAGGCAAAGUAUAAAAUGCUCCCACCGAAAAGCCAUUCUAGCCUCCCCCUUAUUGCAACAAGUAGGUCAGUAAUGGUGUUUUUUUCUUGUUUAUUUUUUCCAGUAGGAAAGUCCUGCACUUUGCAUUGCAUUUCUUCUUUCAUUUUCCUAUAUGUCUUUUCAGUAAAGGGUUAGUUAAGGUUAAGUAUGAAAAGAGAGCCAUGAAAAGGGUUAGCCUAACCCUUUUCGUGACUCUUUUUUCAUACUUUGCCUAAAUAGUUCUUGUCACUCUGCAUAAUGCCUAGGUAUUAUAUAUAAUGCCUGGGUGAUUUAUACAGGUAAGUCCUUGACUUACAACAGUUCAUUUAGUGGCCGUUUGAAGUUACAACGGCAGUGAAAAAAGUAACUUGUGACCGUUAUUCACACUUACGACUGUUGAUCA